GUAGCGAGCGGCCACUACACACUUCGUAUUGGCAAGAUUGAGUACGACCUUGGCACAAAUGAGAUGGCUGCAAGCGAUGCUGCCAAAGACUUCCAAGCUCAGCGCUACAAGUACUUCUGCUACACAGUCGCAGAAUUGAAGUCUGAGCUUUGCUCUCUGCAGGGAGAUGCCAGUGGCUUUGCCAAAGCCAAGUCCAAGGAAGACAAAACUGAUAUGGUGCUGAAUGUUUGGUUCCGAUCCACAUGGUUGGAUGCAGCCAAGCAACUGAAAAAGAAGGAGGAGGCAGAGAAGGGAAAGGGGCCGAGCAAGGAGGAGGCCGAGAAGGGCAAGGUGCCAAGCAAGGAAGUGGCGAAGCAGGGAAAAGAGCCAAGCAAGGGGGACGCAAAGAAGGGAAAGGGGCCGAGCAAGGAGGAGGCAGAGCAGGAGAAGGCAAAGAAGGAAAAGGAGCUGAGCAAGGGGAAUGCGAAGAAGGGAAAGCCUAUCGACCCCAAAAAUGUCCAGACUUCAGAAUCAAAUGCGGCCUUCCAAGAUCUCCUCAGUGCAAAAGCAGAUGUGGAAGAAGGCGUCAUUGCAGAAACACCUGAAUAUUUGUCCAAGAUUCUCAUCCUUGAAGAGAAAUGGCUUGAGCUCAUCUUGUCUGGACAGAAGACUAUCGAGUUGCGGAAGUCCAGGCUCACAAGCAGCGCCCAGGAGGUGCUCUACUUGGCUGUUGGCAAUGAAAUUCAUGGCCGAGCUCUAUUUUCAGGAAUGUGCACCAUUGACACUCUGUCCGCCUUUGAGAAGUUGGGAGGGCACAAGUGCACAACCCCACCUUAUGCUUUUCCAUUUGUUGGACACAAGAUCAGCAAGGUGCAGCGUCUGGAAAAGAUCAAGUUUUUGAAGCUACAAGGUUGUCAAGGGAGGUCACUCUAUCGGCCAUUGAAUUGGACUCCGGAAUUUGAUUUGAAGUUGAAGAAGGACACGGAGGAAGGACAUAUUCCAGAAGAUGGGGAAGACACCCUGGGAGAGAAUGGAACAAAGGCAAAGACCAAGGCGGCUGGCAAGAAAAAGAUUACCGACUGGUGCAAUCUGCUCCCUUCAAAAGCUUUGUCCCAGAGCCAGGUGGAAAUUGUGGAUACAAGCAAGCAUUUUGAGCCCUCUUCUGCAAGACUGGAGCAGAAAAUGGCCUUUCUGCGUCAGAAGACCGUUCAAGCAGAUUUGCACAUCUCAGGAGGCUGCCUGGCGCACCUCAACAACGUGGCAUUCCCACGUGCACCAUUGCACACAGUUGGAGUCCUGCUGGGCAUUCUCGAGAAGAAAGCGACAAUGGUCAAAGCUCUAUGGGUACCACGCUGGGAAAUGCAGGAGAAACUUGCUGAGGUUACUUUGGCAGACCAAGACAUGCAAGACUUUUGCGAUUCCGAAGGCUUCCAAGUGGUAGGGAUAUGCUUGGUGCAGCCAAAAUUUGACAGCCCUGACCUGUGUUGCUUUGAAGAGCUCAGCCAGAUUUGGAACAAGCAAGAACACAACUUUUCCUUUGCCGUGACCUGCGCAGAUCGCAAAACCACCUUCUUCAGAGUGGACGAGAAUGGUGCAGGCAGAGAAUUGUCCAUUCAAGUUCAUUGGACGGGAAAGCUCUCCUAUUACCAAGCCACAGUGGCAUCUCACCAACUUCAAUCUUUGCAGUCGUUGAGGAGUUCCGCUGUAGAGGCUGUUGCGAAACAAAAGCUUGGAGUCCGAGCAAGAGUGAAGAAGCAAGAGCAGAAUCUCAGCAGACGCCCCAAGCCUGAGACAAGACAGCUUAUCGUGGAGCAAAGCUUAGAAGUGUCCUGCCAAGAGCUUGGUGAAGUAGCAUCUUUCUUGCUUUCCAAGCUUGCCGGCUUUCAGGGGGACACGCUUCAAUCAACAAUUGAGGAGUUCAAUGCGUUCCUGGCUGCGCAUGCCACCGCGAAGCGCGAGCUGUUCAGUGUUCUUCCGGACCUCAAAGCACCAUCCAGUGUCGUUGAAGCGGGCCAGCUAUUAGCUUCAAUUUCCAAAGUGAAGGAAAGUUUGGAAAUCCGGCGUGUCCAGAGAUCGCAGAACCGAUCUCACACCUUUGAUGGAAGCAAGUAUAGCAAGCGGUCUGCCAGUACCAGUGGCCUUUCCACACCGCAAACCACAAGCACCAACAAGUCCAGACGUUGCGGAAGUUACGGCAGCAGCAGCUCACAGAAGGCAAAUGAAUUGGAUUUGGAGGAGACGGGGUAG